CUUGCUGUCGGAGAAGGAUUGGCUCAGCGGCGCGAUGCAGACCGCGGAGAGCAGAGUGGGGGAGGGGUCCGACAGCCCGACCGCGCGCGCGUGCAAGACGGGCAUGCAAAAGCUGCGCGGUCUCUUCAUCAAGGGAUCCAAGGGUCGGCUGCGCGGCGACGGCAACGACGAGGAGGCGAUGGCGGGAAAGCGGGGCACGCUCGAGUACAACGAGGAGGAGGAGGCCAUGGAGGAGAUUUCCGAUCUGCCGGAGAUCAAUCGCAGCGGCUCCAAGCCCUUUGGUAGCGGGUGGGGCCCAGCCUCUCCGGCGACGCCGCGCGGCCUGCUCGGCGGCGCGCAGCCGGUGGCGCGCGACGCGAGCCUCGAGCACCACGCGCCCCCCGAGUGGGUGGUGACGUACGUGCGGCUGCUGCGUGGCCGCCCUCUCCGCUGGUUCUUCCUCCUCCUCUGGCUCUCGCUCACCCUCUCCGGCGCGUCGAUCUACUUUCCCCUCACGCGGAUCCUCAAGAUCUCGGUGGAGCCUCCGUACGGCUCAGAGAGCGAGGCGGCGAAGAUCACGUACGCGGAGAACUUUCCUCCCGAGCCGGUGACGCUGGUGGCGCUGCUGUCGACCAACCAGCGCAACGCGCCCAACCAGACGCUAAUCAACGCCGACGCGGAGAUGCAGCUCGAGCUGCUGCCGCCCUUCUUCUCGUACAACCCGGAGGGAGACCUCACCGCGGAGACCGAGUCCAUCUCCCUCGACCUCAAGAAGCGCGUCCAGCCCUACCUCGAGCUAGUCGAGUGGCCGGCAGAUGUGGCGAGCGGGCAGCAGGCGGGGGAGGCCAGCGCAGAACGCGGCUCGACGUCGGUUCGAGCCUCGGGCGUGCCCGCGCCGCCGCCAUCCCCAGCGCAGCUCAAGCCGAAGUGCGAGUUCAACUUUUACUCCUUCUUCGACAUGCCGUUCGAGGUCCAGAUGGUGGCGCACUCGUUUCUCUUUCCGAGCAACUUUGGCGGGCAGGAGGGCAUGAUCGCCGUGCACCUCGUCAGCUGCUACGGCCACGCUAUCUACAAGGAGUGCGUCUACAAGCACGAGUGGUUCUGCGAGCCGGUCGCCGAGCUGCUCGAGUCUUGGGCGGGCUACCGCGAGUGGAGGAUGGAGGAGUUCCCAGAGUCGCCGGUCGACUUGACGUUUGUCUCGUACCCGGUUGUCUACGAAGACAUCAUCAUGGGGAUCGAGUGGGGGAUGGCCCUCUCGACGGUCGCGACCAUCCUCGCCUUCAUCGUGCUCGCAAUCAUGCUGCGCAACAUCCGGCCGCCCGGCCGCCUGGUCGCUGCCACCCCACGGCCACGCCGCGGACAUGUCUGCGACAUGCAGCUCGGCCUCGUCGCCUGCAACAUUCUGACCGGGAUCGGCACAGCCGUCGGCAUCAUGCGCACCGGGGCGGACCGCACCACCCUCCUCAUCAUGUACCCCGUCUCGUACUACGUGAUGGACGUGAACGUGUGCGCGCCCGCGAUGCUCGUGGCGGUGGCCGUCGCCAUGUCCGUCGACUCAUCGUCCCCACUGCUCAACGAGUUGACGGAAGCCGUGAGGGAGCGCCUCGACGGCCGCUCGAUCACGCAGUCGCUCGAGAUCGCCCUCGCCACUCAGGGCCACACCAUCGUCGUCUCUGGCGCCACCCUCGCCCUCUGCUUCACCUCCAUGCUCGUGCUGCCAACCUCCACAAUCACUUCCAUGGCGGCCGGCGCCGCGACGGCGGUGCUGCAGUCUGUGCUCGUCUCGCUCUCGCUCACGCCCGCGCUGCUGCUCACCAUGCCCCGCUUCUUCACCGCCGACCGCAUGCUCGGCCUCACCCUCGACGGCGCGCCCCUCGGCACCGGCACGGUGGCGCAGUUCGGCGCGACGAUCGACCGCCCGACCAUCAUCGAGAACCCGCAGCCCAAGAAGGAGUCGAUCUGGGCGCACCUCGGCCGCUGCUCGCAGCGCGGCGCGCCGGUGAUGUUCCUCUUCCUCGCGCUGGUGAUGGUUCCGUUCGCGAUGGCGCUCACGCGCUUCUCGUACGUCGAGGACCUGACGCCGCUCAUGCAGACGACCCACCCGGCGACCAAGGCCUUCAUCUCCAUCUCCAACAUCUACGGGCAGGAGCUGACCACCCCGUCGGACCGGAAGUACCUCGACCUGACCACGCCGGUGCAGCUGCUGAUCAUGGCGCCGUCGCAAAAGGCGAUGGCGAGCCGCGAGUGGUCGCUGGCGACCUGCCACAUGCUGCAGGACCUCGCCACAAAGGUGACCGACCGGAUGCACGAGGAGGGGCACGACUACACCAUGACGACGGCCGACUUCAACGGGCUGAUGAUCUUCCGCGGCGGCUGCCUCGCCGACGGGCUCAAGUUCGGCGUGAUCGACGUGAUGCCCGCGGUGCACAUGUACGGGAUGUACGACAUGGUGGCCGACCUGCUCUCGAACCGCAACCAGACGGCGACGCAGGUCUACGUGCACUGCCAGGUCGACCUCUUCUCCGAGGUUGGCGAGGCGUGGAUGCGAGCCGUCCGCGCGUCGCUGCCGCGCCCAGACGUGAUCCGGCAGCCGCUCGGCGGCCACCAGGACGCGGACUCUGCAAACUACGUGCCGUACGGCCGGUGGGACGACGUGGAGAUCGGCGCGCUGCACCUCUACGGCAUGCCGCUCGAGCAGAUGGACGGCGCGCAGUACACGCUGCGCCGGAUGCCGUACGUCGGCCUCGCCAUCGCCGCGAUCGUCUGCAUCAUUCUGGGCGGCUCGUUCGGCACGGCGCUCAUCCCCGUCCGCGCCGUGAUUUGCAUCGCCUGGAUGCUCGUCGUCACCUUUGGCGCGUCGGUGAUGGUGUACCAGCUCGGCUACCUCGAGGGGCUCGGCAUCCAGGCCCUGUCGCCCUCGUCGGGGCAGGCGCUCUUCUGGAUCUCGCCGUCGGUCGCCGUCGCCGUGCUGGUCGGGCUCGGCCUCGACUACGACAUCUUCUUGAUGGACUCGGUCAUGGAGCACUGGCAGAGCGGCAAGGACGGCAAGUCCGCGGUGGUCACUUCCCUCGACCAGGCGGGCACCAUCAUCUCGGCCGCCGGCGUCAUCAUGUUCCUCGCGUUCGGCGCGCUGCUCGCGUCGACGACGCCUGUGCUCAACCAGAUCGGCUUCAUGCUCUGCGUCGGCGUCCUCCUCGACUGCUUCGUGACGACAAAGGCGAGAGCCCCGCCGGGAGGAGCUUGGGAGGAGCCCGGGAGGUGGCCGAGAGGUGGCCGAGAGAUGGCCGAGAGAUGGCCGAAAGCUGGCCGAGAGGUGGCCGAGAGGUGGCCGAGAGGUGGCCGAGAGGUGGACGAGAGAUGGCCGAGAGAUGGCCGAGGGAUGGCCGGGAGAUGGCCGAGAGAUGGCCGAGAGAUGGCCGAGAGAUAGCCGAGAGGUGGCCGAGAGGUGAGCCGAGAGAUGGCCGAGAGAGGGCCGAGAGAGGGCCGAGAGAGGGCCGAGAGAGGGCCGAGAGAGGGCCGAGAGAGGGCCGAGAGAGGGCCGAGAGGUGGCCGAGAGAGGGCCGAGAGGUGGCCGAGAGGUGGCCGAGAGGUGGCCGAGAGGUGGCCGAGAGGUGGCCGAGAGAUGGCCGAGAGAUGGCCGAGAGAUGGCCGAGAGAUGGCCGAGAGAUGGCCGAGAGAUGGCCGAGAGAUGGCCGAGAGAUGGCCGAGAGAUGGCCGAGAGGUGAGCCGAGAGGUGGCCGAGAGAGGGCCGAGAGAUGGCCGAGAGGUGGCCGAGAGGUGGCCGAGAGAUAG